AUGCCGAAAGACAACGCCACCAACACUUUCCUCGCCAAUCUGAGCACGAGGAAUCGCUGGGUCGGUGUGACUGAUGCAGUCAUUGAAGGGCAGUGGGUGUUUCAGGACGGCGAACCCCUGACGGCAGUCCAUUAUUCCAAUUACCUGACAAACACACUGACGCCCGGUAGCAACAGCCAUGACUGCGCCUAUGUGUGGUGUAAUGGCAGGAAGGGGAGCAGCCUGAGGAAAGCUCAGUGUGGAAACCGCCCAUUUUUCAUGUGCCAGACAGAUCCAGACAUUGACGAGUGCUCCACUUUGAAUGGCGGCUGUAGUCACAACUGCACCAACACUGUAGGCAGUUACUACUGUUCCUGUAGUCAAGGGCUCGUACUGCACAGGGACAAACAUAACUGUACUGUCCGUGAGGGUUUUACGGUCUGGGCGCGAUCUAGUGCAUACGAUGAUCCAUGUUACGGACAUACACAACCAAUUUCAUCUUAUAUCAUCAGUAACGGACUAGAGAGCAGCAUAGAGGGUGAUCAACUACGUGGACACCAUGUGUUCAUUUUGAAUGAACGGACGGGGGAAGUUGUAAACAAGGCAGGUUUUGACACCUGGUGGUUGAGAGGCGGUGGCGUCGCAGCAGCACAAAACCUCACAACCUUUCUGCAAGGAGUUCCAAAGGGACGGAUCAUAGUUAUCAUUGUUCAUGACAACGGUCAAACCAACGUGGACAACGAACCCAAUUUAGCACCUUACGGAUCAACAACAACUCGACUAGGGGGAAGAGAAUCCUGGGCCAUGAUCACCCAGAAAGGAACGAUUCCAUGCUGGUUUGUGGAAGAGAAGAGUGCUAUAGGCGCGGGGCCAACUACUGUAGAGGCGUUCAUACCGACAGAUGGGUUACCAGGAGUAUGUGUUGGCCCACCUCUCCAAGCCAACACCACCGGGCCCGUGUGUAACUGUCCUUACGUGCUGGGGGAGAACUGCACCUACCCAUGUUCCCCGGGAUAUCACGUCAUUUCCGGUGACGUCAUAACUAGAACAUGUACGUCAAACGGAUCAUGGACAGAGACGGGUCUUUUCUGCCAAGAUAUUGAUGAGUGCUCCAUUCAAAAUGGCGGCUGUGACCAGACCUGCACCAACACUAUCGGAAGUUACAUCUGUUCUUGUAGUGAAGCCGGGUUCGCAGUGGACUGGAGUGGACAUAACUGUGCGACUGUGUGUCCAAUAUCAGGCUACGUCAGCUUUAACGGAGUUUGCUUCAAGUACUUUGCUGAGGAGAAGACCUAUGAUGAGGCAAGGUUGAGGUGUGCCGUGAACGGUGGUCUGUUAGCCAUGCCGAAAGACAACCUGACCGACGCUUUCAUAGCCAGUCUGGGCAAAGGAAAACGCUGGAUUGGGUUGACUGACGCCGACACCGAAGGCCAGUGGGUAUUUGAGGACGGCCAAAUCCUGACAUCAGUCCAUUAUUCCAAUUGGAACCCUGGUGAGCCAAACGACCGAGGGGGCAACGAAGACUGCGUCUAUGUGUUCUGUAAAGGCAGGCUAGGAAGCGUCUGGAAUGAUGGUCCAUGUAACACACCUGCCAGGCAUUUCGUAUGUGAGAUGGAUCCAGAAACAGCCAUCACCUGCGAGGGAGGCACCCUACAUCUGUCUUGCUCGGACGGAAAAACGCUCUUCAUUGUGGAGGCGACCUACGGCAGGACGUCCGCCUCCCACCGCUGUCCCUGCUCUACCUGCCGCACCAACUGCCGCGCGGACACCAGCCUGACCGUGGUGAGGGCCGCCUGCCAGGGCAAUCAGCAGUGCUCAGUGGAAGCGAGCUAUGACGUAUUCGGUGACCCCUGUGUCUGGGUGGAGAAGUACCUGGAGGUAUCAUACCGAUGUAUCGUAGGUGAGCACGCGGAAUUAUCAUAA